CUUCAAACCGAGGCUUCAAACAUUUAUUUUUUUAAUUCUCAAAAAAGGGGUUUACUUUGAAGAGGGGCAUAAAUGACUUUUACUCGUUAAAAACCCUAAUCCUUCUAUUCCAUCAGAGUAAACACUCAGCAGAGACAGUGAGGCUCCCGUCUACUUCAAUCGGAGCUGGAAACGUCUUCACCCUUCGUCCUCUUAGAUCGAGCUCCAUUUCCGAAUCCCAUCUUUCCAAGGUUGCAAAACAGUGUCAAGAUUCUUCGAAGUCUGAACCUUAUUUGCCCUCUUAAGGGGCUCCUCAUCAACAAAUUCAGGGUCUGCCAGAUGUCAACAACAACAACACCAGAGGCGGCUACUGGGAAAAGCUUUGCUAGGAGAGACCGUCUCCUGGAAAUCGAAGCAAAGGUGCGGACUUGGUGGGACCAAUCCAAUGUAUUCUUUGCUGAACCUGGAGAAACUCCUCCACAACCUGGCAACAAGUUCUUUGGCAACUUUCCAUUUCCUUAUAUGAAUGGUUUUCUACACUUAGGCCAUGCCUUCUCCCUCUCCAAGCUUGAAUUUGCAGCAGCUUACCACCGAUUGAUUGGUGCCAAUGUUCUACUGCCUUUUGCUUUCCAUUGUACUGGUAUGCCCAUUAAGGCUUCUGCUGAUAAGCUUGCACGAGAGAUCCAAGAGUUUGGAAAUCCACCUGUAUUUCCUGCACAGGAAGAACAAGUAGAAGAUCAACCAAGCGCAGAACAACAAUCUCAACCAACAGAGGAUGCUAAAUUCAAGGGGAAGAAAUCUAAGGCGGCAGCAAAAUCAGGUAAAAAAAAGUACCAAUGGGAGAUCAUGAAGGAUUUCCGUCUUUCGGACAGUGAGAUAUCAAAAUUCCAGAAUCCUUAUGAAUGGUUGAAGUUCUUUCCUCCUGUUGCAAUGGAAGACCUAAAGGCUUUAGGGUUGGGAUGUGAUUGGCGUAGAUCAUUUAUAACCACUGAUAUGAACCCAUAUUUUGAUUCUUUCGUGAAGUGGCAGAUGAGAAAGUUGAAGGCCAUGGGUAAAAUUGUAAAAGACGUCCGGUACACCAUCUACAGCCCAAGAGAUGGCCAGCCAUGUGCAGAUCAUGACAGGGCAACUGGUGAAGGAGUUCAACCACAAGAGUACACUCUCAUCAAGAUGGAAGUGUUGAGACCUUUCCCUCCAAAGUUUGGUCCUUUAGAAGGAAAAAGAGUUUUCUUGGCGGCCGCAACUUUGAGGCCAGAGACGAUGUACGGGCAGACAAACGCUUGGGUUUUGCCAGAUGGGAAAUAUGGAGCUUUUGAAAUCAAUGAGACUGAUGUGUUUAUUAUGACAGAAAGGGCAGCCAUAAACCUUGCUUAUCAGAAUUUUUCCAGGUUUCCUCAAAAACCGACAUGCUUGGUUCAGCUCAAUGGUUGUGAUCUGAUUGGCCUUCCAUUAAAAUCACCUCUGUCUCUUAAUGACACUAUAUAUGCUCUUCCAAUGCUUACUAUUUUGACUGACAAAGGGACUGGAAUAGUGACAAGUGUUCCUAGUGAUGCACCAGAUGAUUAUAUGGCUCUCCAUGAUUUAAAGUCUAAACCGGCCCUUCGAGAAAAGUAUGGUGUGAAGGAUGAGUGGGUUUUACCCUUUGAUAUCAUACCCAUCAUUGACAUUCCGGAACUCGGAGACAGGGCAGCUGAAAAGGUUUGCUUUGAUCUGAAAAUCAAAAGCCAGAAUGAGAAAGAGAAACUCGUGGAAGCCAAGAAGUUGACAUACUUGAAAGGGUUCACAGAUGGAAUAAUGACUGUUGGAGAAUUUGCUGGGAGAAAAGUCAAUGAAGUCAAACCACUCCUCAAGACGAAGCUUAUUGAGGAGGGACUGGCUAUAAUGUAUAGCGAGCCAGAGAAAAAAGUAGUUUCCAGAUCUGAUGAUGAAUGUGUUGUUGCUCUUACGGAUCAAUGGUACAUCACUUAUGGGGAACCUGAAUGGAAGAACCUAGCUGAGGAGUGCUUAUCUGGUAUGAGUCUUUACUCUGAUGAGAACCGACAUGGAUUUGAGCACACUUUUGGUUGGUUGAACCAGUGGGCUUGCUCUCGUUCCUUUGGGCUAGGGACCCGAAUCCCUUGGGAUGAAGAAUUUCUUGUGGAAUCGUUAUCCGAUUCAACCAUAUACAUGGCGUACUACACAAUUUCCCACAUUUUGCAAAAGGGAGACAUGUAUGGAAGCUCAAGAGGCCAGAUUGAACCGGCACAACUGACUGACGAGAGUCUCUGGGAAAGACCUAAUCCAGAACCACUUGACGUUUUGCAUUUACAACCACACGGCCAUCAUGCCAAAGAAACAUUGGCCUCGAGGUUUCAGGCCAUCGAGGAAUUCUCUGCCGAUGCGACACGAUUUUCUCUUGCUGAUGCUGGUGAUGGUGUAGAUGAUGCAAAUUUUGUGUUUGACACGGCAAAUGCCGCAAUAUUGAGACUCACUAAGGAGAUUGCAUGGAUGGAAGAGAUUUUGGCUGCUAAAUCGUCUCUCAGGUCAGGUCCCACCUCAUCGACAUUUGCCGAUCAGGUGUUUGAAAAUGAGAUAAACAUUGCUGUUAAGACUACUGAGAAAAAUUACAAGGAUUACAUGUUUCGUGAAGCUCUGAAGACUGGUUUUUAUGAUCUUCAAGCAGCCAGGGAUGCAUAUAGGCACUCUUGUGGCAGCGGGGGGAUGAAUCUUGAUUUGGUGUUGCGUUUUAUGGAUGUUCAAACUCGGCUUAUUGCCCCAAUAUGCCCUCACUAUGCAGAGUACGUGUGGCGGGAGCUAUUGAAGAAUGAUGGCUUUGUCAUCAACUCGGGUUGGCCCGCCGCUGAUGCCCCCGACCCAACCCUUCAGAAAGCCAACAAAUAUCUGCAAGAUUCCAUUGUUUUAUUGAGGAAGCUUCUCCAGAAACAAAUUUCGGGUGGUUCCAAGAAAAAGGGGGCCAUACCUGUUAAUACUCUAGAGGACAAGCAGUUGAAGUGCUUAAUAUAUGUGAAUGAGCAGUUUGAUGGAUGGCAAGCUGAAUGCUUGAGAAUUCUUCAGAGCAAGUUUGACAUAAAUACAAAUGCUUUCACUCCAGAUGUGGAAAUUUUGGAGGCAUUGCAGAAGAGCAGUGUGGGUCAGUCCACAAACUUCAAACAGACACAGAAACUCUGUAUGCCGUUCCUGAGAUUCAAGAAGGAUGAAGCUCUUAAACUCGGGGUUCAUGCAUUGGAUUUGAAGCUUCCGUUUGGGGAGAUUCAGAUUCUGGAGGAGAACAAGGAGUUGAUUAGGCUCCAGCUUGGACAAAUGGGUGUUGAAGAGGUGGAGGUUCUGUCUUCAACCGACCCUGAUGCUCGUUCUAAAGCUGGUUCUUUUGCCUCUCUAUUGAAUCAGAAUCCCCCAACUCCUGGAAACCCAACUGCAAUUUUUUUGUCAAGGUAAGAAGGAGAAGAACUCAUAUUAUACGGCUUGAAGAUGCGUAGAGGACUCUCUGACUUCUCCAGCCUUUUUUGUGAAACUUCAAGUUUUCGGUGUUAGACGUUUGUUUGUUAUCUGGAUAUUGAUAUAUUUGGAAUUCAUUCUGUAUUUGGAAGCUGUAAUGAUCUGAUUUAAUAUUUUAAUUCAGGAUAGUUGAGCUAAGUGGGUUGAAUUCACAACCCAGAAAAAGGAUGUUUCUUUUGAGUCAUCUGCUACAAUUUUUUCAUCUUUUUUCUGGGAUAAACUAAUCUUUUGAUU